UUAUCUUUUAUAAUCUUGAUAGAAAUUAUUUUUACAACCAUGUAUAGCAUCAUGUUUUCAUGUUGCUUACAAGAAGAGAGAUUCAGAUAAUAGUGUACAUAUAAGUACUAUCCUUCUUUGGAUCAAUUUGAGAGUGUGAUUUUAUUUUAUAAUCAAUAAUCAAUGGAAGAAGAAUCAUGCCACAAAUCUCAAGCAUCUGAGGAAGCUAAACAUGAAGAUUCAAAUGAGAACCAACAAGAACAACUCAACACCAAUCCUUAUAGGGUCAACAUUUCAAUCACAAAUUCAUUUAUGAAUUUCAUGUUGGAUGAUAUUUGGUCUUGCAUUGUUGUGCUAGUGGUGUUUUGGCUCAUUGCAUCUGUAACUCUGGUUGUUGGUGUCCAUGGAUCUGUUAAUUUACAAUUGGGACCUUACUCCUCAAGCUUGAUAGAAAUCAACUCAGUCUUAAUACAAUCUAUCAAGGUGGAACAAAAUAAUAAGCCAAAACCUGGUUUAAUGCUUUAUGGAUUUGAUCUUCCUCCUCCACUAGAUGUUAAAAUAAAUUGGACUGAAAUGUAUGAUGCAAAUAUACCAGCAAAAUCUCAAGAGGAAUGGAUAUUCUACUUGAAUAAAGGUUCCCAAUUAAAUGUUUUUUACAAUGUUAAGUCCUUAGUUGCACCCUUAUUCCUUGUAAUUGCCAAAGGUAGAGAAAGCCUAAUUAAGUGGAAAGAGGAUCCAUUAUUCCCUAAUGCAACAUUGUAUUGGAAUAAUAUAUAUGGAAGUGGAAGUAUCUCACAGAAAAUAUCAUAUUCAUCUACUUACUAUGUGGCUAUUGGCAAUAUGAAACCUCAAAAUGUAAAGGUAGAGUUGAAAUUCAUUGUAAAUGCACUUCUCUACAAUACAACUGGGUCUUAUAAAAAAUGUUCUCUGGAUAAUGGUUUAUGUAGAUUAAACCCUGCUCUUUCUGCAAACAUAGCACUAUUAACAACUCCUGGUCCUAUUGAGGGUGCUUCAAAAAAUGAAUGGUUUGAUGUAAAUGUUUCUUAUGAACCAAGAUGGAUCAUAUAUUUUGCAGGAUUAGGUGUGUUAAUUGUGCAAAUCUUAUCCUCCAUAAAAUUCUACAAAACGUUCCUAACCAACAAUGAAGAAAAUGCAAGAUUCGAACAAGUGGAAGUGAUUUCAGAACGAGCUCCAUUAUUGUCUAGAAAAGAUAGUGAUAAUUCAAGCUGGUGUUCAUCUUAUAAUUCAUUCUCCAGUGAAAAUUCUGAUGAAGGAAAGUCAAUAAUUGAAGGGGAAACAAGUAAUCUUCAAUGUUUAUGUGUUAUUUGCUUUGAUGCCUCGAGAGAUUGCUUUUUUCUUCCAUGUGGCCAUUUUGCAACAUGCUAUGCUUGUGGAACAAGAAUUGCUGAAGAAACUUGCAGUUGUCCCAUUUGCAGAAGGAAAUUGAAGAAAGUAAGAAAAAUUUAUAUUGUGUAGUUGAGACAGAAAUUUGAAUCUUGAGGAUGAGCUUGAAAAAUCGAGUUUUCUAUGCAGAAAUUCUAGCAAAUUAGAAUAGAAUUCAGUGCAAGAUCGAAAAUGUGUGUCGAGAGAAUUAGAAUUUUAAGAGAGAAAAUUGUAUUUCUUAAAAUGAUGGUUUGGUUCAUUUCUUAGAUGCUUUGGUGAUAUAUAGGCAUGAGUCAUUAUAAGAGAGAGCAAUGGCAAAAUAUAAAUAAUGUAAAUUAAUAUAUUAAAAUACCAAUUAUGUAAUAGUCUUGCUUAUUGAUUGCAAGCAUUAAACAA